UCCAUUUAUCGAUCUCUUUCUAUAUUCAACACCACCGACCUCCCCCCGAAGCUAAAAAGAAAGAAAACCCCAAAACUCGACUGUAUCAGAAAAAAAGGCCGAAACUUGAAUCAAAAUCAUCAAGAAUCCCUGAAAUUAAAACUCAAUUAAGAUUGAACAUAACCCCUAAUUUCACAUUCGAAUCAUCUUGACUGAAGAAGAAAUCACUGAGAAGUUUUUUUGUUUUUAUUCAUUCAUCCCACUAAUCUCUGAAAUAUUCAAUACAACCUUUUAAUUUUUCUUGCUAGUUUUUAUUAUAAUUUUACUUUCUAGGUCAGAAGUUUGUGUUUGUUCUGUUGUUUUUUGUUGUUGUUGUUGUUUCCGCCCGGAUUGAUCAAGGAAGAUUUCUUUCAAGUCCAAUCGAAGGAUGCAAUAGAGAUGAUGCAUCAAGGAGGAGUUAAUACAGAUGCUUACGGUCACCAAUUUGAUAACAAUUUACAGGAGAAAAACCAGGUUGCAGAUGUAAAUCAAGGACAGUCAUCUGUAUAUCCAUCCUUUAUGCUGCCACCUCCACCACCACUACCAGGGUCUCAACCUGCGGCAUGGGCUAUGCACAGGACGGAGAACAGCUCAGCUGAUAAUGCAAUUCAUACGAAUACUGGCUAUCAUCCUGAGCAGAAGACUGAUCCUCCACCAAGAAAUGUACAAGAUGGUUUGAAUACUUCAUCACAUGCUGCAGCUUCAUCUACCGUGGGAGUAGCCAAUGGAACACCAGAUUAUUCUGGCUAUGCAUCGUAUUCAACUUCUAACGAUCCUUAUGGUUAUGGAACCACUGGAUAUCAGAAUUACUACUAUGGAUAUCAGCAGCAAGCUAAUCAACCGUAUACUCCUCAAGUUGGAGGGCCUCAAAAUUCAGGUGCUCCUUAUCAGCCUCUUACCUCAUUUCAGACUUCAGGCUCUUAUGCGGGGUCUGCAAGUUAUUCAAGCACUUACUACAAUACUGGUGAUUAUCAGACAUCUGGAGGGUUAGCAAGCAGUGACUAUGGUAGUCAAACAACUCAGGCCAACUUAUGGAAUGAUGCUAGCUAUGCAAAUUAUCCCUCUCAUCAGUACUCAGGCUACACACCUGCAGAUUCAAGCAGCGCUCAAAGUUCCAGUACUGUAGCUCCUGCUGCUGAUUAUUAUGAACAACACUACAAACAGCAGUGGGCAGAUUAUUAUAGUCAAACUUCAUCAGAUGUUACUUGUGCUCCUGGAACAGAAAACAAAUCCACCACUGGUGCGUCUACUCAUGAUUCUCAAAUUCCUGGUGUUCCCGGUGGGUAUCCUAUAUCACAUACUCAACCACCCCCACCCCCACCCCCUGGCACCACGUCAUGGAAACCCCAAGUCAAUUCAUCUGGCACAUGGGAUCCUGAUCCCAGUUUGUCAGGUUCCGCAUCAUGGCGACCAGAGUCUAUAUCAUCUGCGACCACAUCUUGGAAACAAGAACCUACGUCAUAUGGAACUACAUCAUGGAAACCUGAACCCACACCAUCCAACACCGCAUCUUGGAGACCUGAACCCACUUCAUCUAGCUCCACAUCAUGGAGACCUGAACCCACUCCGUCUAACAGCACAUCAUGGAAACCUGACCCGCCUUCCACAUCAUGGAAACCUGACCCGCCUUCCACAUCAUGGACACCUGAACCAACUCCAUCCACAUUAUGGAGACCUGAACCCACUUCAACCAGCACCAUGUCAUGGAGACCAGAACCCACUCCAUCUGGGUUGCCUACUGUGCAGCAGGUGAAUCAAGUAACAGGUGAUGCAUAUGACGGUUACUGGAGACAGGGUUCAGCUGCUUUCCAAAAUCAUCAUGUCACCCAUGCUCCAUCACAUUUGCAGAAACCUUUGGACCCAAAUCCAAUUCCAUACGAAAAUUCCCAUAAUAUUCAGCAGACUGCUUGUUCUCAAGGACCUACUUCACAUUUUCCUGCUGCACAUCAUGGUGCUCAGACUUAUGCCUCAGUGUUGCAAUCCGGUUCUUCAAUGGAUACACGGCGAGCAAACCAACUGCAGAUUGCCACAAAUCCCAGAAUCGCACAGAACGUGGCCGUAGCCUUACCAAAAACUGACAAGGAUGGCUCCACAAAUGAUGCAGCAGCAAAACCGGCCUAUAUCAGUGUUUUGAUGUCAAAGCCUGGUGCAGCAGCUUCUUCUCGUGGUCCUGCUGAUUCUGUGCUUAAGCCCGGAGCAUUCCCUGUAUCAUUACGUGCUUAUGUGGAAAGAGCUUUAUCUCGGUGCAAGGAUGAUUCACAAAAGGCAGCUUGUCAGAAUAUAAUGAAGGAGAUGAUUACAAGGACGUCAUCUGAUGGUACACUUUUCACUAAAGAUUGGGAUACAGAACCGCUUUUUCCAUUACCGGAGAUGGCAGCAAUGAGUACAGAGUUGCAGAGUUCAACUGCUGUUUCUUCUUUACCAAAGUACAAAAGAAGUCCAAGUAGACGGACCAAAAGUAGGUGGGAGCCUAUGGCUGAGGAAAAGUUGGUUGAGAAAAUGCCAUCUGUUACUCCUGUUUCAGUAAAAUCUGCUACCUGGAAUCAUGCUAAAGAAAAGGACAAAACGACUUCUUUGCAGGUUUCUAAUGGAAAAUGGGAGAGCAAGGAUAGUAGCUGGACUAAUGGGAAGUUUGUUCCAUCACGUCAGCAAACUCCUGGUAAAAGUAAUAAGAGGUCAGGGAAGAAGCCACGGCUUGGUGGUGGUGGUGGUUUUAAUGCUGCUCAAAGUAAUGAUGCCAGUGAUAGUGAUAAGGAGCAAGGUUUGACGGCAUAUUACUCGAGCGCAGCAGCAUUAGCAAAUCAUCCAGAUGAGAAGAAAAAGCGGGAGGAUCGCUGUAAGCGUUUCGAUAGAGGACCUCGAGCAGAGAUGAAGCAUUUCAGACCAAAAACUGCUUCUGCUACCGCAAACCUGUAUACUAGGAAGGCCAGCGCUCUGGUGCUUAGCAAAAAUUAUGAAGACAGUGAAAGCAGAGCAGUGGAAGAUAUUGAUUGGGAUUCUCUUACUGUGAAGGGAACCUGCCAGGAAAUUGAGAAGCGUUACCUGCGCCUUACUUCUGCACCUGAUCCAACCACUGUGAGACCAGAGAAUGUGCUAGAAAAAGCUCUUCUGAUGGUUCAGAAUUCUCAAAAGAACUAUCUUUACAAAUGCGAUCAGUUGAAAUCAAUACGUCAAGAUUUGACCGUUCAACGGAUUAUCAAUGAGCUCACAGUCAAGGUAUAUGAAACUCAUGCCCGUUUAGCAUUAGAAGCUGGGGACUUGCCGGAGUUUAAUCAGUGCCAAUCACAGUUACAGACCCUUUACUCGGAAGGAAUUAAGGGGUGUCAGAUGGAGUUUUCUGCUUACAGCUUACUUUGUGUGAUCUUGCACUCUAAUAACAACCGAGAUCUCGUGGCGUCAAUGGCAAGAUUGCCGAAGGAAGCAAAAAAACAUGAGGCGGUAAAGCACGCACUUGCAGUCCGCACAGCCGUUACGUCAGGAAAUUAUGUUCUAUUUUUCAGACUUUACAAGGCAGCACCAAACUUGAGUUCCUGUCUUAUGGAUCUUUAUGUUGAGAAGAUGCGGUUUGAAGCAGUGAAAUGCAUGUCCAAAUCAUAUCGCCCUACAGUCCCAGUCAGUUUCGUCGCUCAGGUUCUUGGGUUUACCAGUUCGUCGCAAUCAACUGAAGGAAGAAUUGAUGAGAAAGACACUGACGGGUUAGAGGAGUGCGAGGAGUGGUUAAAGGCACAUGGUGCGUGCCUUAAUGCUGACAAUGGUGGUGAGUUGCAGUUUGAUACAAAGACGUCAUCCUCGAGCCUUUUCAUGCCAGAACCAGAAGAUGCAGUGGCCCAUGGAGAUACGAGUCUUGCUGUUAACGAUUUUAUGACUCGGACAUCCUAGAAAGAAACAUUUUAGUUUGUAACUGAGUAGUGUAUCAUCAUUACACAGAAAUAUAGAAAUGUAGAACAUUUUAGUUUGUAACGGCAGUAUAGACCUCUUCAAAUUUUAGAGGUUAAAUGACUAGAAAUGUACAUUCUAUGUAGCAUUGGUUCUAAAAAGGGGUUCCGAUUUUGACGCCCCUGCUAAAUUUGCUUUCAUUAUUUGAAACACUUUCU